AUGUCGAAUAACAACAACAACAACAAGAAUUGUUCAGAUAUUGCCCAACAACAAGUUGCAACAACAAGAACCACCAAUUCCGCACCACAAAACUCUUCCUCCUCUUCCGUUCAACAACAAGUUGAGAAUCCUCGCCAAAUGCUCGUUACUGGAUCAGCUGGCUUUAUCGGAUAUCAUCUUGCAUUGAAAUUGGCAACUGAAGAAUUCAACUAUUGGAGCCAGCUCAUGGAUGAUGGUAAAUUCAAUCAUCACCAUCCGAAUGAAUUGACUCACAAGAGUGUCAUUAUUGGUAUCGACAAUUUUAACGAUUACUACUCCACUGAUUUAAAGUACAUGAGAAGAAAAAUGUUACAAGAUGCCAUUGCCAACUUCAAUGAGAAACUUUCCCAAAAGUCUUCUAAUUUUGGAGAGUCAUCAGAAGACAACACAAAUUUCAUCCAUUUUGAACUCAUUGAGGGUGAUGUUUGUGAUACGACCUUGUUACAAUCCAUUUUUGCUCGUUUUAAAUUCACUCACAUUCUCCACAUGGCUGCUCAAGCUGGUGUUAGAUAUUCCAUUGAGAAUCCACAAACUUAUAUUCGCAAUAAUAUCUUGUGUCAAAUUGAGCUCCUUGAAGUUGCUGUCAAGCAUCAAAAAGACGAACCACCUGUAUUUAUUUAUGCCUCCUCUAGCUCAGUUUAUGGAAACAUUCAAGAGUUUGAUCCUUCUCCUUUCCAUGAAGGAAUGAAUGUAAAUAAGCCUUCUAAUGUUUAUAGUGCAUCCAAAAUAGCUCAAGAACUCUUUGCUGAAACUUACAAUUACUUGUACAAUGUACCUGUGAUUGGUCUUCGCUUCUUUACCGUCUAUGGUGAAGCAGGAAGACUUGAUAUGGCUCUCUUCAAAUGGGUCGAUCAAAUUGUGAAAGGACAACCCAUCACUCUUUACACAACGGAUAACAAUAAGGAAUUGAUGAGAGAUUUUACCUAUGUUGAAGAUAUUGUUCAUGGUAUUGUGAACUCGAUGAAAUAUGGAGAACGUGUGAGAAGAGAAGAAGGGCGUGCUGUUCAUGAUGUAUUCAAUUUGGGAAACAACAAACCAGAGAGAGUUGUGGACUUGAUUAAAUACAUUGAGACUGCAUUGGAUAAGAAAGCCAUUAUUACACUUUCUAAAAAACCACCAACAGACAUGACCAUGACAUAUGCUGAUAUAACUCACAGUCAAAAAUUGUUGAACUAUGAACCAAAGACCAAACUCCAAGUUGGCGUUCAAAAGUUUGUCAAAUGGUAUCUUGACCAUUAUCACUUCUCCAAGAAGAGUGAAACUGAUAAUGUCAUCUUUACGACCUACUUUGUGACGAAAGGACAUCCUGAGAGAGAUGAACACUAUCAUGACGCAUGCUUUGAACCCAUGAAAGAGUGGUACGACUCUGUUCACAAGCACAACUUGAGAGCAGUCAUUUUCUAUGAUGAUGCUAAACUCUAUAACAAGUGCCGAUUUGACAAAUUGACCAGUUACAAUGUGAAAUUUGAACUCGUUCAGCUCGGAAAUCGUUCCACUAAUGACGAAAGAUUCUUUGUGUAUGAACAGUACCUUAAGAGAGCUCAACAACGAUCUACGACAGGUCUCAACCUCGUCCCAAAGAGAAUUCUCAUGACUGAUCUUUUCGACAUUCGAUUCAACAGAGAUCCAUUCGAAUACAUGGCUUCCUUUGACACACCAUGUCUGCCUGACAACCAGAAAGAUAGUCCUUCCUCCUCCAAGUUCAUCAGUGACAAACUCUUUAUUGGUUCCGAACCCACUACCAUUCGUUCCUCGAUUUGGGCUCAGCAAAAACUCGCCCAAUGUGGAAUCACCAUUGACCAAACAAGAGGAACUUUUUAUUACAACGCCUCCCUUCCAGCUCCAUUCAACACUCUUUCUCAUAAGGAAACUUCUCUAGAUUCCAUUCUCCUUAAUCCAGGAAUUGUCGGUGGCUCCAGUGAAACUGUCUUUCGAUUGUUGUCCAUCUACAAUGAAUUCCUAAAAGCUUCUCCUGUACAGGCCAACUGCAACACUCCUGUUUUUAACAUGCUCAUGUAUCAACAUGAAGAAUUUCAAAACAAUCAAUUCCGAAGUGAAGAGGGUGACAACAUGAUGACAGCAUCAUCCAGUGACCAUUUACGUUACAUUACUGGUCAACCCUUGCAUACUGUGUUUAAGGCCUUUGACCUCUCCGACACCUUUUACAUUAAACACAAAUAG